CAUGAACGGGUACCGGGGAUUUCUGAAGACGGUUUUCAGGCUCCCAGCUUCGAGAACCGCUUGCUCGUGACUGCCCCCUGGCGUACUUGUUUCUCAGUAGAGGCCAGACCGCGAUCAAGGAGGAACGCUUUGUGUGUUGAGUUAGAGAGAUUUGUAAAACGAAGAAAUGUGUAUUCAUACUGCGAAUGUUCGUUAACGCAAGUGUUUACUAUUGUGUUCCGUUAAAAAUUUUUUUAUAAAAAUUUCAUCCAUUACGAUUUUAACAUUUAAUGAUUUCAAGAAGGGUGUUUCUAAAGCGUGCGUGAGAACAUCGAUCGAUACUGGAUCAUGGUAGCCAAGGAAACGCACGAAUCUCCCAGAGCAAGGUCGACCAGUCUCUCAAGGGGGCGUGCUUGGCCACAUUCAACAAUGAGCGAACGCAAAACUAUCUAAGCACGAGGCGCGAACGAAUGGUUCCCUGUGUUUUCUGCCUGUGUGUGGCCUAAUCUUUGCUUCGUGAGUGUGUUUACGUUGUGAAACAGUCGUCGGAUCUUUUUUUUGAAUUUCAAAUGGAUUCACAACGGCCAAUUACUUAACGAGAUGAGGAUUGACUUUUAAGCAUACCUCUUCUCCGAACGAAAUAUCGAAAAACAAUGAAAAAGAAGCGCAUUAAUUAGCCAAUAAUCGGAACGAUGCAUCAUGGCUUCGUCUUUAGGGGGACCAGGAAUGGCGUCGGGUGUUCCGACACCGCGAAGAGUCAACCUGGAGUUUCCACCACCUCCACCUUAUCCACCGCCUCACAGUCAGAUGGCUUGCACUGGAUUAGUGGAUCCUGGUCCUGUGGCGUCCGCAAUGACGAAUCCAACUCACCAGCAUCCCCUUCAGGAUUAUUCGUAUGCUUACUUCGAACCUGGUCCGAGUCGGCUGCACAGCACAUAUCCGGCGGAAGUGAGCCUGAAUCGUGUACAGCAGCAGCAACAACAACAAGUGCGUCCGGAUUCAUUCAAAAGGCAUACGUACAUGACACGAUACGGCACGGAGGAGAAUAUUUACGAGGAGAUAUCGGAAAUCAAGUGAGAAAUUUAUCAUAAAAAGAUAAUUAUUCAAAAAUAACAUCUCUCGAGUUAAAAUUUAAUAUACCAUAAUUAUGAAACUAAGAUAUUAAAUAUUAACUUAAUAAUAUUUCAAAAAAUCAAACUCAUGAAAAUCGAACAUACAACAAAUUCACGGAAUUCAAUGAAUUUAUCUCAAAUUUAUCAGAUUUCUAUUUCCUUUCGUGAAAAUCUAUCCUUGAGUAUUAUUAUUUCAUGCCAGGAAAAUGGUGUUUGCUUUCAAAGGAAGACUAAAGGCUUCUUACGGUCGAUAGGAACGCUCGUUGUUGAUUGGCGCGGUAGAAUUAUGUUUCAUUCAAUCUAAAUGGUUGAUGAAUACGCACGUUCAUUUGCCUCGAUGCGAAGUGAACUUCAAGUCAAACGCAUGCGCACAAUUCAAGUGGAGUGGACGAAUCCCUUCUCCUUUUUGAUCACUUGGUACGAUUCGGCGUACCAUAUUCACCGGAUGCCAUGCGAUUUAACGAUUAAAGUCGUAAACAAUAAAAAAA